UGCGACAUUGAUACGUUUAUUAGCAAGUAACGUACCUUAUCGCAAAUUUUAGUACACAUUUUACAGUAAAACGUAGUUUUUCUUAAUUGUGGACCUAAAAGAAUUACACAAGACGAAGCCUGCAUUGUUGGUCUUCUAGAAAUUUCCAGGACAUUUUGGCGCCUAAUUAUCCAAUACACCAACGAACAGGACGUUUAAAGACACAUUUUCAGCAAAGACUUAAUUUCUUGGCUCAAAAAAUGUGCGAUUCGACAGGGCUGAACAUGGAAGACCUCGUUGACGUUAAAACAGGUGGAGGCAGACAAGAGCCCAAAAUUGAGGAGUUCAAGAGCAAACUCAUCAGGCUGCAACAAGUUAAAGCUGACCUGCAAGAGGAAAUUUUGGAGAAGAAAUUACUUCGCGAGUGUUUACAGAAGGAGUUUGCCGCAUUGGAAACGGAGGCCUACCAACUGGAGUUGACGCAUCAAGAAAACAAAAAUUUGAUGCAGAAACUGCAAUUCCAAUGCGAGGAAUCUGAGCGCAGGUCCCUCAGGCUUGCUGAGCAGAACAGAAAAAUAGAAGAACUCCUGGGACAGUACCGCUGCGAAAUCCAGGAGAUUAAGCUCAAGCGGCGCAAGCUACGAAUGAAGUUUGAGAAUCAGCUCGUUCAACUGAUUGGGCAGCACAAGCUACUGUACUCCACUAUUAAAGAAUCCCAGGAGAAAAACUGAAGAGAGCUCAAGAACGUGAGACGUUAGCUUGACUGUUGACAUGCACCGCAAGGACUGAAAGGUCACAUUUGUUCAUACUUCCAAAGGAAAAAAUCUCGUCCAAAAUGAAUUUUUUCCUACUUUGAUACAAGGUGAUUUUCAAUCUACCUUUGCUUUCUGUUCUAACGACACGUUCCAACACUAUUUAGUAUUUAACAUGAGAAAUGUUUUAGUAUACUGUCAUGAAGCUUGAUUGACUUAAACCUAUUCAUGCACAAAUUAUUAUUAUUAUUAUUAUUAUUAUUAUUUUUUUAUUAAAGCCAUCUAGGAUGGGUCCUAAACCUGUGGCGUUAGGGGCCAAUUGGGGCACGCGUGACAAUAUUUUGUGGCCUCCAUUUGACAACCAGUUGCCAAAUUAGUGUAGAAAUAUUAUAGAAAUAAUUUCAGAUAAAAUACAUAAACUAAAAGAAAGAUCCAUUUUGGGGGGAAAAAUAAAUUAUUUAAAUAGUAAUAAAUAAAAGACAAUUAGAGUGAUCAGAUAAGCUAGUGAUAACUUUUUCAAUAGAUGACCAUUGUCCCUGAAAGGGUUAAAAAAGCUUUAAUAAGCAUAUUUUAAGCAUACUUCAAGUACAUUAGUAAUAAUACUAAAUGACCACAUAUUCAAAUUUUAUUUAAAAAAACACAAAUAUGAAUACAAAGUACUUUGAUAGUACAGUGUGACAAGUACUUGUUAAUUAAAACAGCCAGCCAAUUCAUUCUUUUGAAUAUGUAAAAUUCCGCAUAUAAAACUGUGCAACAACAAAAAAAAAAAAGACGAGCAGAAAUCUUUGGUUUAUUCGUUCUGUAUAACAGAUUUGUCAUCGGCAACAUUCAGAAUUAGUUUCUUGUCAGCAAAAUGUUGGAACACGGAUUUUUUCCAGUUCAUUGUUGAAGUUGUAAACAUGUUUAUGUACAUUAAAUAACAAGCUCAAAGCCAAAAUAAAAAGUCCUGCAAGUUGA